UUAGACGCAGCCUCAUUUCCCCUCCUCCAUUACCUUUGCUCCAGCUCGCUUACACUGUUUCCCUUUGGAAGCAGGCUGUCUGCCUCUGACAAAAUGUUCAGAAUCAGGGUCAUUAUACAGAAGACCUUGAUUCUUUUGUAUGUAUCUCUGUGUGUUGCUGUUGGUAAAAUGCUGAUGAUAUUGUUCCCGGAAAUGAUGAAAAGAUAUAUUCUAAAACAGGGGCAAAAGAGCAGCAUAGGCAUCAAUCCAAAGUUCAGCUAUGAGAAUUGGGGUCCGACUUUCUUCAGCUUGAAAUAUUUACUCUUUGUUUUGAAAGUGAAGUGGAAAAAGCUGGAAGAUGAAGCAUUUGAAGGACAUAAUGCUCCCAACACCCCCGUGGCAGACUUCAGAGAUGAAAUGCAUCACAUCCUGGACUUUAUGCAAGACAACAGGCCUUUAGUCCUGAAUUUUGGAAGCUGCACCUGACCUUCAUUUCUUUUCAAAUUCAGCGAGUUCAACAAGCUUGUUGAAGAUUUUAACUGCAUAGCAGAUUUCCUUAUAAUCUAUAUUGAAGAAGCUCAUGCAACAGAUGGAUGGGCUUUUGAAAACAACAUUGUUAUUAAAAAUCACCGAAACCUUCAAGAUCGAAAAAAGGCUGCACAAUUUCUUUUGAAAGAGAAUCCUUUAUGCCCAGUGGUUUUAGAUACUAUGGAAAACCUGAGCAGUUCAAAAUACGCAGCUCUGCCAGAAAGACUUUAUCUGGUGCAAGGAGGAAAGGUUGUCUAUAAGGGUGGAGUGGGACCUUGGAAUUACCAUCCACAGGACAUACGUGCAAUCUUGGAAAAACUAAAAUAGGUGAACAAAUCAGAAGCCCCAAAAAUAAAGUGGUCUAUCUGGAAAAUGUGGUCACUGAACAACUUACUUUGGCCUUUUUUAAAAUAUAUUUUUACUGCUGUUUAUUUUAAAAUAAUUAUAGAAAUCAGAGGUUAAAAAGAAUAUAUACUCACCCAAGAGAAAAAGAAAAUGGGUAGACAAGGAUAUAGUAUGAGUUACACCUUAUUCAAGAAUCAGACAUCAAUAUGGCUUGAUUCAACACCAUUUGAAAUUAAUGGAAAAGCUCUCUAAGAAUGUUAGCCCAGAUAUGGAGUCAUAGAUGUACCCAUCAGCUACAGGUCAGCAUACAGGAAAUACAAGUAAAACAAAACAGAAAGAGAGAAUAACAGGAGUACAGAAAUCAAAAAAGUGUUUUUAUAGGUUUCGUCACUACCCUGUUCAUACACCCUUGGUCCAAAAUUUUUCAUAUAGUGAAAUUACUUGUCUCUAAAAAAAAUCCCUGAUGUUACUCCAAAUGUGUAAUGGCUUUCAUACACCCAUCCUUAAUUAGUUUAGGUAGCAUCUGAUAUAAUAAAACUUAAUAUUAAAUAACAGAAAAUAAAUUGUGUCUAUAUUCUCUACACCUUGAUUAGCUCAAGAUUUCUUGUAAUUAAAAUAUGAAAUAGUGAGUGGAAAGAAAAAAUAUAUUUUAUUCCACUGAACGCACCUCUAAUUUAGUGCCCAAUCCUUCAGCUCUGAUGAAGGUAAAAUUCCCACUGAGAUUAAUGGGAGUUUUUUGCCUGCUUUAGGACUGCAAGAUUAAUCCUUUUGAGUUUUGAAACGUGGCCUUAUCAGUGAAACUUUACUAGUAAUGCAUCCUGGUGCCAACAGAUUCAGAUAAUAUUCAGUAUCACUGAGACAGCAAUGGUACAACGUGUUAUAACUCGUCACUGAAGUACUUUUUGAAACUGAAAUCUAUAAAAUAAAUAUUACUAAUUAAAAGCCAUACAAAUGGCUUGGAUGAAUGUUGGAGUAGUGUAUUAGCAAACAAAACAAAUGAUUGCACAUUGAUCCCUGUUUAAAAAAAAAAAAGAUUAUUAUUUACAGGCAGUUUUUCUAAAUGUUCACUUGCACACACCCCAGCAGGUUUAUGAAUGAAACAAUUUGUAUUAAUGUACAUCAGCAUUGGUUCUAUUAAUAUUUGUUUAUGACAGUCAUAGCAUAAAGCAAAGGCAGCUGUGACCUGAUUUGAGAAAAUAUUUAUAGAGGCAAUGAGCUAAAUAGGAGCAAUUAAAAUAUAUUAAACCAUCUCGAGUGGCUUCAGCUUGGUAUUUAAAUAUUUCAGUAGAAGUUAUAAUCAUCCUCUUUUCUUACCUAGGGUCCUCAGCUGAUGUUAAUGAAUUUUGGAAGGACUUCUUUUAGGGUUGGGGGAAUGACCUCAAGUUUGAAUAUUUCACACUUUUAUUUUUUCUGUGAGGGAAAUAUUUUACAGAGAAACAAAUAUUCAAUGGCAUUUUAAAACAAUGUAUCUUAAACAGCCUUUUAAUAUCAACAUAUUGCAAUUCAGAAGUGGAAUCAAUUAUACUCGUAUGUUAGUGGUUAAGCAAAAAGCAAUUCUUCAUUUGUACUCUACAUUGGAAAACUACAAAGGUAUUAUCAGAGUUAAUGGUUGUACUGCAUUACACAUUAAAUUGCUGGGGGGGGGGAACAUACUGGAGCCAUAUUUUAAAAAUCCAUUUUAAUAUAAUGUUUGAAUAAUAAAUAUAUCCUUUAUGCUACAAAUAUCAUUACAAAAUAUUUGAGGCAAUUGUGUAAAUUUGAUAUUAAAUAUUUUCUGCUACUCCUUCUGCCAUCACUGUGUGCACUGAAACAAAAUGAUCAAAGGCAGAUUUGAUGAUGAAUCGCAAGUAGGUUGCUUGGAAUUCAGGAAG